GACUGUAAAUACUGCAAAGUCCCUUCCUCCUCCAGCUCCCAGCUAAGCUUGUGCUGUGGAGCUAUUGUUGUGUUUUCCGUGCUGCAGACCUGAGGUGGGGGUGAGUUUGAAAGGCUGGAAUAGGACCUUUCAGUUGCAACAAAUAAAUCCCAAGGGUGAAAUUUGCAUUGGCCCAUUCGUAGGAUUAUGCCACCUUUUAAAAUAAUAAUAAUAAUUAUAAUAAUUGAAUUGCUCUGCUGUUUGCAGUCCAAGCGUUACAAAAGGAAUUAGGAUCUCUCAAGGCUCUCACUGCAACCUCAUGGGAAUUUACCUAGUUACUUUAAAAUAUUUUCCUGUGCUUUUAUGCCACACCAUAACUGCUGCGGGGGAAGGUGGGAUUAAAAUCUCCUCCGUUUGAUUGCUAUUGUUUCCACACACCCCUUUUGUUUUAUAUAUAUAUAUCGCCAGGAUUCUCUAUUCUUUAGGACUCAGUCUACAAUAUAUAUCAUUUUAUGCCGUUCCCAUUGAGCUGGCUGUGUUUUCAUGCUUUGUGGCCGGCCACCUGAUAUGUUGACUUAGAAUUAAUUUUAUUCAUAGCAGCAAAUGACACAUGGCCUUUGGGGAUGAGAAUCCUAGACUGCAAGAAUCCUAUACACACCUGGGAGCAAGCUCUGUUGGAAAUGGCGGGGUUUACUCCUGAGAAAACCUGGAUAGCAUUGUGAUAUUCGUGCGUUCUGUUGGGAUUUAAGUUUUAUGUUUCCGGAUGGGUGUUAAAUCUGUGCCAAAGGUGGGCAGGUGACGUGGGAGAGGGCUCCUGCGCCUUUAAAAGGGAAAUGAAGGCAAACAUUUUUGGGGUGCUAAAUUGGAUCUGGAACACACAUAUGUUUCUUGAUGCCUUUUGAAGAGAGCCUGUCACUGUGGACUACCCUGGUCUGACUCCCCACAAGGAGUCCUGUUUAAACAGCUGCCCAUGAGGACUAGAAUCUUGCUUUCUCUUGAAGGGGACCCUAGCUCAGUGGCAGAGUAUUGGCUAUGCAUACAGAAGAUGUCAGGUAUAGCGCUUCUGAGGUACGGAAACAUUGAUAGUUUAUUGAUUCAAAUAGAAGCCAUUUAUAUAAAGUAUAGAAACCAUUUCUCGUCUAUCAAUUCAAGCAGAAGUUUCUGGUAUGUUCUCUGCAUGUGGCACAAGCUGGAAGUUUCUAGCUGGUUUGCAAAUUUCCAUUCUGCUAAGAAGCACGCAGGUGCUAUUUUGGCUGUGAACCUUAACACGUUUCUCAAGGCCAAGAUGUUUUUAACUGUCUAUUAUUAAUUUACAGGCUGGGAAUGACUGGUUUCUCGCUUCCCUUCGUUCCAUCUAUCUCUUCUCUUCAGUUUGUUUCUCUCAUUGAGUGCAUUGUACAUGCGUACGUUAAGUUUAAGGUUUCCGUUUUUACUGUUAAGUCUUACUGCAACUGGAUUUUAAAGUGUUUUUUUUUUUUUGCUAUCCAGGGAUCUGGAUCUUGUUAUGUGAAUUUGCCAUGGUAAAUUUUGCUAAUGAAGUUGGCUGCAUCUGAGUCGUUUUUUGAAACCAUGUGUCGUUUUGGAAUCUGUGCUGCUUUUUUACUCUGCUACAAUUCAUGCCCUGGGACAGAAAAUCCCUGGCUCAGUCAAUCCCUGGUGGCAAUUCUAGGUUCCCAUUUUGAAACCCUGGAGAGCAGCUGCAAGUCAGUGUAGUCAGCACUGAUCUAGGUAGACCUGUAGUACUGACUCUGUUCGUUCCUAUGUUCUAUCUCACUAUGUAAUAUACCAUAGUUCUUUUAGAUCUUAUUUUUUUGUUUGUGUCUCCCGUAUCCUUGUACUGUUUGAUAUACUCUAGUGCUUUGCUUGUGACAUUAUUAUUAUUAUUAUUAUUAUUAUUAUUUCCAGGAGGGCCCAGAUAGCUCAGCUGCUUAGAGUGUGAUGCUGAUAAUGCCAAGGUUGCAGGUUCAAUCCCUGUAUGGGACAGAUGCAUAUUCCUGCCUUGCAGAGAGUUCGACUAGAUGAUCCAAGAGGUCCCUUCUAUCUCUAUGAUUCUGUGGUGAUUCUAUGAUUUAUUAGUUGCUUCUUACCAAGCUCUCCAAGUGGCAUGUUUAAAAACAGAAACACAUGGCAUGAUAAAUUCACGAGGAAUCAUAGAAAAUAAUAAUAAUAAUAAUAAUAAUAAUAAUAAUAAUAAAUAAAAUAAAAAUACCCCGCCCCUUCAGCUGGGUUUCCCCAGCCACUCUGGGCGGCUCCCAACAGAUUAAAAACAUGACAAAACAUCAAACAUAAAAAACUUCUAAAAGUCAGGUAGUUGUUUAUUUCCUUGACAUCUGAUUGGAGGGUGUUCCACAGGGUGGGCGCCACCACUGAGUAGGCCCUCUGCUUGGUUGUAGAGCUGGAGGGGGGAUUAUCUAAGCCCAACCCUCUUGCAAUGCAGGAAUAUGCAGCUGCCCAUAUGGGGACCAAACCUGCAACUUUGGCUUGAUCAGCACCAGGCUCUAACCAAACUGAGCUGUCCAGCCCUUAAAACAAUGUUAAAAGGCUAAAUAAUAUAAACAUUAACAUAAUAUAAAGUAUAAAAUAUAAAAUAAAAUAAUUUAUGCCCUAAAAGACAGUCUGAAUUUUUUUGAUAUUAUGAUAUUUAACAAAUGUAUUUAAGUCAUGCCCAGGGUACUAAUGGUACAGUUCAGAAACAGAGCAUUAUAAUAUCUAGCUUUUCUUGAAAAGUAAUCAAACUCCUGAUUCCUUGCUCGUUCUGUGCCUGAAAUAUUAAAUAUUUGGGAAUUUAGCAAACAUAAAAGAAAUUCAUUUUUUUAAAAAGUAAUGAGGGGGGGAAUGUAAAUGUUUACUGUAUUGACUUUCCAUAUGGUAUUCUGCAUGAGCCCAGAACUUGCUGUCAGUGGCAGAACUUAGUAUUUCAGCUUUCGUUUCUUGGGGUGGGGGACCAAAUUUCGGUCCCUUAAGACCCUGAAGAAAUAGGCUUGAAAGUGAGGCAUGGUCUGGAAGAAUCAGGAACUGGGAUGUCUAGAAUCAAAAUAAAAUUACCCCCCAAGGUUCUAGUUUUAUGUGCUCUCCGUCAUUCCUGUGUAUGUUUUUAUUCCUUAAAAAGACACCUGUUGAACCAACCUCUGUUGUUACCGGCUCAGAAAUAAAUGAACCCCUCAAUUAUGUUUUUCAGAGACCCUUGUGGAUUCUGCUGCUGGGGCUAACCGGGGACAAGAAGCUGCUGGGGCUAACCUGGGACAAGUAAACUUAGAAAGAAGAAACUCCCCCCAAAGCUUCUUGUUUGUGUGUGUGAGAGAGGCGAAUUGGAGUAAAGCCUUGGCCCUAGAAAAAUGGCAGCCGAGCAAGGGAUUCUGGGAGAUCUGGUUCCCCGGUUCCAAGCCGGGCUACAGCCAGGGGAGGAAAUGUUGCAGUGUGGACUCCUGAGCCCCAAACCGGAGGAAGAAUUGGAGGGAAAAAGUGAAACGUCUCCCAGGAUCCCAACCGAACUUCCCCAAAGAAUGACGUCCCUGCACAUCAAAGAGGAAGCCGACGAAGGUUUGGCACAGCAGUGGGAGCCUCGGUGGCAGCACUUCCCAAGGGAGCCGCGGCCCUUUCACACAAUCUGGGGGGGCGCGCCCUCCCCCUGGGGCCAUGCCGAAGCUUCGCCCUCUUCUUUCCAGGGGUCAGGUCAACCUGGCGACCGACUCGGAGGAGAGCGGGUGGCCCAGCCGUGGCCUGGCCCUGGCAGAGACGUUCAAGUGCUGACUGGCGGGCCGCUAGCCGACGGUGAGGCAGCCUGCGGGAAAGUCAAGGAGAAGGCGUCCCCGGAUGAAGAGGCCGCCGACACGGAGAAGUGCCGCCGGCGGUUCCGGCACUUUGGCUACCGGGAGGCUGAGGGUCCCCGCGAGGUCUGCAGCCGCCUCUGGUUCCUGUGCUACCAGUGGCUGAAGCCCGAGAGGCGCACCAAGGAGCAGAUCCUGGAGCUGCUGAUCCUGGAGCAGUUCCUGGCCGUCCUGCCCCCGGAAAUGCAGUGCUGGGUCAAGAAUCAUGACCCGGAGACCUGCGUCCAGGCGGUGGCCCUGGCAGAGGACUUCAUGCUGAGGCUGGAAGAGGAGCCCCUGGGGGCAGGCGGUGAAGUCCCCCAGUCUCUCAGACAAGGAGAGAAGGGUUUGGGGGCGCUGUUGCCUUUGCAACAUAUGGAGAAAGUGGUAUGGGUCAGCCUUUCCCCUCUGCUUUGCCUCUCCAUCCCCCCGACUUCCCCUCUUCUUCUCAUUUUCCCUGCCCGGACUUCCCUUCUGCUCCAAACCUAAAUUGUCUGUUACCUAGACUAGGAUUUUUCAAAUCUUCUACUCCCAGGCCUCCCAGGCCUAGAGAUUUCUGGGAUAGAUCUCAGAAAUAAAUGGUGGUGGAUGGAGGCAGAGUUGGGUAUAAUCAGUGGCGAAGGAAUCGGAUCAUUUUCUCCUGCUAACCCCUCUUUGCCAGUUGCUAAAUACCUUGCCAAAGGAUCUUCCUUUGCCGUGUACGCACAUUCACAGCACAUCUGCCCGCCCCCUCCACGAAGAAUCAUGGGAACUGUAGUUUGUGCUGGGAAUUAUUUGCCACUCACAGAGCUUCAAGCAACAGUUCCCAUGAUCCUUUGAGGAGGAAGUGUGCUUCAAGUGUGCUCUAAACCUAAACAGCCCUUGUGGCAAGGAGUUCUGUAGCUCUGGGAAGUGUUGUGACUCCAGGUUGGUGGCUAGUACAGUGGUACCUCUGGAUGCGAACGUGAUCCAUUCUGGAGCCCUGUUCGCAUCCUGAAGCAAACACAACCCGCGUCUGCGCGUGCGUGGGUCACGAUUUGCUGCGCAUGCGCGUGAUGUCAUUUUGAGCAUCUGCGCAGGCGCGAGUGGCAAAACCUGGAAGUAACGCGUUCCAUUACUUCCGGGUCGUCACAGUGCACAACCCGAAAACGCUAAACCCAAAACUACUUUAACCCGAGGUAUUACCUCGUGUGGGCACAUGUGCCACAGUUUUAACCAAUCCAGCCAUGUGGAUAUUGAGAGAGUGUGGAUUCCUGAGGUCAAGCUAUCCUAGUCCACAAACAGCUGAAACUAGCAAACUAAGGGGAGGGGUUUUAUUUGCCAACUAAAGAGGAGUGGCAGGUUAAACUGUUUGAGUACAUAGAAUUCGUGAAAAUGACAAAAAAGGUCAGGGACCGAUCGACCCAAAAGUUUAAAAAAGACUGGAACAUCUACAGACUAUAUCUAAAAGAACAUUGUCCCCACAUCAAAUCUUUAAUAUGCUUUGAUUAACUCUUGUAAUAACUCAGGUUAAAAGGAAUAUAAACAACAUGUAAUAUUGUUUAAGCUUAUUGAAAAACAGAUGCAGUUAACAAGGAACUAAAAGAACCAGGCAGAGGAGGUCGGAAGUCAUCAGGCAGAGAAGAAAUUUACUUUUAUCGUUUUCUUUUCAAGAUAUUUUGUCUUGUUUGUCUUGUUUGGUAUUGGUGGUGGGCUGUUUGUAAUAGUUUUGUGUUUUGGUGUUGUAAGCAGAUUGGAUGUAUUGUUUAUAAACCAAUAGAGAGAGAGGGAGGGAGAGGAUUCCUGAGGCCAAGCUGUCCUGGUCCACGAACAGCUGAAACUAGCAUACCAAGGGGGGAUUGUAUUUGCCAAGCCCAGUUACGAAUCUUCCUGGCCUAUUUCAGACCAGCUGAAGGUUAGAGUCAUAGAAUCAUAGAGUUGGAAGAGACCACAAGGGCCAUCGAGUCCAACCCCCUGCCAAGCAGGAAACACAAUCAGAGCACUCCUGACAUAUGGUUGUCAAGCCUCUGCUUAAAGACCUCCAAAGAAGGAGACUCCACCACACUCCUUGGCAGCAAAUUCCACUGUCGAACAGCUCUUACUGUCAGGAAGUUCUUCCUAAUGUUUAGGUGGAAUCUUCUUUCUUGUAGUUUGGAUCCAUUGCUCCGUGUCCACUUCUCUGGAGCAGCAGAAAACAACCUUUCUCCCUCCUCUAUGUGACAUCCUUUUAUAUAUUUGAACAUGGCUAUCAUAUCACCCCUUAACCUCCUCUUCUCCAGGCUAAACAUGCCCAGCUCCCUUAGCCGUUCCUCAUAAGGCAUCGUUUCCAGGCCUUUGACCAUUUUGGUUGCCCUCCUCUGGACACGUUCCAGUUUGUCAGUGUCCUUCUUGAACUGUGGUGCCCAGAACUGGACACAGUACUACAGUUGACCCCAUGUAUAAUUCAUUGCUGUUAUCCAUUUGUGAUUAUGGCGAUACCUUAUCUUUCUCAGGCGUUCAGUUCCAAGAGCUAUGUGUAUACAUGAAAAUAUAGAAAAUAUUUCUAGAUGCAACUGGUGUAGUGAAGGAGACAGAGAGCACCCUCAACGCUCUCAAAGCCACCGCACUCCUAACAGGACGGGUGUUGCCCAGCAAGCAAGACUGAGAGCUGAAAAGCUCUUUUUGCACCAGGUCCAGCCUUGAUGCCAGGCAAGGCCCUCUCAACAUACUAGCUCUGGGAGUGCUGGAGAUGCUCUUGCAAGUUCUCGCAGGACAACUCGACUUCCUGCAAGAUCGUGCGAGAGCAUCCCCAGCAAUCCCAGAGCCAAUGUGCCAAGCAGGCCUUACCUGAGAACCAAGCUUAAAAUCUCUCUUCGCACCCAGUCCCCUUGAGUUGCACAGUUUCAGCCUUCAGCCGUGUACUGUUGGAUUCACACAAGUCAUUUGAGCGUAAAAUGAGGUACUGCCAUAUUCUGCCCUGGUUAUGCCCUUUGUGUUGUUCCAGGUGUCUGGGCUUCUGGCGGAGGUGGACCUGUAUUCUUCGAAAGCGAGAGGCACCUUCAAAACGGACGAGCAGGGGAGCGGCAGAGAUGCUUCUUUGCAGGGUAAGCGUUUGUGGCGCCUGAGUGGCUCUCGCUGCUGCCACCUUUCCCAGAAUGCCUUGCUCUGAAGGAAGACCCACACGCCUUGACCCUUUCUCAGAGCCAGGCCAGGAGGCAGGGGGCGAGAAGCACUAGCUGCUGCUGUUCCUGCGGCUGCUAUGACGGCAAAAAGGAAGAAGAGGGAGAGGGCAGCAGCUACCACUGCUCACCUGAGCCAGCACAAACUCUUAUCGCCACAACAGCGUUGGCCUGAAACAGGGUGUGUGGCCUGCCCCUGUUGCUCUAUCUGGCUAAAACACAACUUUUUCUUUUCUUCUAUUUUUCUUCUAUUUUCUUCUAUUUUUUUAAGACGUAAUUUUUUAUUGAUUUCCAUAUUUACUUCUAUUUCAGUGUACAAUUUUUCUAAAAUUUUGACUUCCCACCUUUACUCCCAUGAUGGUUCUAUUCCUGUCUUAUACCUACUGCUUUGUAUGACAUACUUUAAUCUAAUACAAUUAUCAUCUCUUCCACUUAUUGCUGUUUUCUUUUUUUCUUGCUUUCAUUUAUUUCUUUGUUUUAUUUAUACCUCGCUCAGGGCUCAGGGCUGUUAACAACAAAUUUAAAACACUUAAUUGUAAUACAACAUAGAAGCAGCAUAAAAUACAAUAUAAAAGCAUGAAUAACAAUAAAAUUCAAAGGUCAAAAAUCAGUUUGGGGGAAAUCCAUCCAAUAAACAUUAGAUAGUCACCAGGGUUAGUCCUACUUGAGCCAGCAAGGAGGCCAGAGGAGAAUUAGCUGUGGGGUCUCAGAGCGGGUAAUCUUCAUAAAAGGGGGAGGGAAGAGAAGGGAAAUAAAAGAUCAGGCUGAAUUCAAAUUAAAGGUCAGGCAGAAGGAGGUUAAAUCCUGUAGGGCUCUGGUCUCAUGGGACAGAGCAUUCCACCAGGUCGGAGCCAUCACUGAAAAGGCCCUGGCCCUGGUGGAGGAUAGUCUGACUUCCUUAGGGCCCGGGACCUCUAAACUAUGGUUAUUCAUGGACCUUAAGGUCCUCCAUGGGGCAUACCAGGAGAGGCGGUCCCGUAAAUAUACUUUUAUUAAGUUUUACAUAUCAAAUUUAAAUUCUAACAAAUCAUUCACCUCUUCAUUUAGGAUUCCCUGAAUCUUUUGACAUCCCUCUGCCCUUCCGUCGUUACCAUUAUCAAUCUUUUUCCCCCAACUGCUUAUCUUAUUUGCUCUAAUUUGUUUUUUUAAAAAAGCAGCAAUCAUUUUUUCCAUGGUUUCUCAUACAUUACAAGCAUUGCUCAAACCCUGCCAAAGCUUUUAGUUGUUUACAGCGUUCUCUUAAGUACAUUAUAAUUUUUCCCCAUUCCUUCUUAAAAUUCUUCUCUUCCUGGUUUUUGUUUUUCCCAGUCAAUUUUGCCAUUUUGGCAUAGUCCAUCAUCUUCAUCAGCCAUUCCUCAUAUUCCACUUAUCACUGUUUUCAAUCUGCUGCUCAUAAUUCGAACCCUGCCCAUGUUUUCAUUUGACUCUGUUUUCUUUUCUUUUUGUUGAUGCAGAUCUUCCAGCAGAUAACUUGCCUGAGAGGGAAGCCUCGGCCGUUUUGCCCCAGGAAAUCCCGAGGCAAGAGGAUCCGUUGCGAGACUGCGGGAGGGACUUUGGUGCUGGUUCGGACGUGGCUGAGCCCGAAGACGCGCCCCCUGGCCUGAAGCCUCACAAAUGCUCCGAGUGCGGGAAACGGUUCCAUCAGAUUUCCCACCUUAACAGGCACCUGAGAAUCCACACCGGCGAGAAACCGUACAAGUGCCUGGACUGUGGGAAAAGUUUCACGCAGGGCUCUUGCCUGCUGGGUCACCAGAGGAUCCACACGGGCGAGAAAGCGUAUUCAUGCUCGUACUGCGACAAAAGCUUCAUUUGGAGCUCAGGGCUCCAUCAGCACGAGAAGAUCCAUCUGGGCGAGAAACCUUACAAGUGCUUGGAGUGCGGGAAGAGCUUCCACCGGAGCUCCGCUCUCACCGACCACGUGAGGUCCCACACCGGAGAGAAGCCGUACACCUGCUCCGACUGCGGGAAAGGCUUCAGCCAGCACUCCAACCUCAUUGUGCACCGGCGGGUCCACACUGGGGAGAAGCCGUACACCUGCUCUGUUUGCGGGAAAAGCUUCACCCGCACGGCGUUGCUCAUGGCGCACCUCAGAAUCCACACAGGAGAAAAACCCUACAAAUGCUUGAUCUGCGAGAGGAGCUUCAGGGAGAGGCCAGCUCUUACAAAACAUAAGAAGGUCCACAUGAGAGAGAAUUUGUAGCGCGUCUGGACUUUUGGCGAAACCUCUGUGUUGGCUCUCCUUUCUGAGCAUAAAGUAGCUUUUUGUAUCUCUCGGCCAUUUCACACACGGCCACACCAUCAAGUUAAAAGUGGUCUUACACUGCUUGAACAGCCGCGGAUUCCCUCAAAGAAUCCUGGGAACUGUAGUUUGUUAAGGGUGCAGGGAGUUGAAGCUCGGUGCCGGGAGUUGUUAGCUGUGUCCUGACCACUCUCAGCACCCCAUAAUAAGCCGCAGUUCCCAGGAUUCCUUGGAAGAAGCAGUGUAAGAGCGUUUUAAAUGGGUGGUGUGAAUGUGACCUUAGAAAUGGCUGAUAGGUCAGAGCUGCUGUGAUGUCAUGGAAUGGUUUCUGAUCAGUCGGGGAAACUGUCACUAAUUGUACUUUGAUAAGAGGGAAGGGAAGGGAAGAGAAAGGCCAACAUAACUAGGUGGGGAAAACCAAGAAACCAUUGGAUGCUGGAAAAGAAGUUUUUGAGAGUUUGUUGUUGUUGUUUCAGGGGUGGGGGUGGGGCUUGAGGGAUGAAGAGCCAAAAUGUGAGUGAGGCCAAACAUGUAAUGUCUGAACACUGAAUUUCACAUAAUAGCUUUCAGCUCGCCAGCUGCAUCUGAAGCUGCGGGUGCCAUGUACAAAAUAUUUGACAGAAAGUGGUACCAAGCAAACUCGCACACUGAAGAGAACAACCUCCUGAUGUUGGAAAUCCCAGUGCAGAAGAGGCUGGCCUGCUCCUGAGUCCUUCUUGCCUGUUUUUCCAUUUACAGGGUUUUUCUUCCCUACUGAUUAUUUCCAGUGUUACAAUUCUAUCCAAACUCAGGGACUCUGAAGAGCUGCUCAGAAACAUCUGUCACACAAAAUAAAGUUGGGAGUGG